CUCUCCAGCAGUUUGCAUCGCUCCACGGGCAGCGCUGGCUCGCUGCAAUAUUUCAGCUCGCUGUGGAUUGUGGGAGUCGAGGACUGUGCCCAGGCUUGUUACCGGAGAACGGGAGACAUUUUCCGCUGUGCCCUGUCUUAGCCAAACACUGGUAGCAGACUCAGCACCAUGUCCAGCCGAGGAGCAAAGAAGAAGUCGACCAAGACGUCCCGGUCCACCAAGGCCGGGGUCAUCUUCCCUGUGGGGCGCAUGCUGCGCUACAUUAAGAGAGGCCUGCCCAAAUAUCGCAUAGGGGUGGGGGCACCCGUCUACCUGGCUGCUGUCCUCGAAUAUCUUACUGCUGAGAUUUUGGAGUUGGCAGGUAACGCGGCCCGAGACAACAAGAAGGGUCGCGUCACACCACGACACAUCCUGCUGGCCAUCGCAAACGAUGAGGAGUUGAACCAGUUGUUGAAAGGAGUGACCAUUGCAGCAGGUGGAGUCCUGCCCAACAUCCAUCCAGAGCUGUUGGCGAAGAAGAGAGGAGCAAAGGGAAAACUUGAGGCCCCCGUCUCACCAGCCCCCGAAAAGAAACCCAAACCAAUUAAGAAAUCUACAGCCAAGAAAACGAGCGGAAGAAAGCCAGGAGGAAAGGCUAAGAAGCAGGGUGAGUUGAGCAAGGCAGCGACCGCAGACAGCACCACAGAGGGAUCUCCAGGGGACAGCUUCACCGUGCUCUCCACCAAAAGCCUCUUUCUGGGUCAGAAGCUCAACCUUAUCCACAGCGAGGUCAGUAACUUGGCUGGCUUUGACGUGGAGGGGGUCAUCAACCCCACCAAUGCUGAACUUGAACUUAAAGAUGAUCUAGGUAACGCGCUGGAAAAGAAGGGAGGGAAGGAGUUUACGGAUGCCGUGCAGGAGCUGAAGAAGAAGAAUGGCCCCCUGGAGGUGGCUGGUGCUGUCCUGACCGGCGGUUUUGGUCUGCCUGCAAAGUACGUCAUCCACUGCAACAGUCCAGGCUGGGGCUCGGACAAAUGCGAGGAGCUGCUGGACAAGACGGUGAAAAACUGUCUGGCCCUCGCUGACGAGAAGAAACUCAAGUCUGUAGCUUUCCCGUCCGUUGGUAGUGGGAGGAAUGGUUUCCCCAAGCAGACAGCGGCCCAGCUGAUCCUUAAGGCCAUCUCCAGCUACUUUGUGGCCACCAUGUCUUCUACCAUCAAGACCGUCUACUUUGUGCUUUUCGACAGCGAGAGCAUCGGGAUCUAUGUUCAGGAAAUGGCCAAACUGGAGACGAGCUAAAAGAUUUCGAAGCCUUUUGGAGUAAUCGCCUCCUCCUUCCCUCUCCCCCCUUGCUCUUGUUGUUUUCCUUCUAGGAAAUAGGAAGGUGUUUAGUAGUGAUUUGCUAAAUAUGAAGAGAAAAAAAAGAAUCUUUCUAUAGGCCGGGAACUUGUUUUUGCAUUAUGUUUGUAUUUUUCAGAUAUUGUUUUUAAUUUCUUAUUUACUUGUUACUUCCGAUAAAGAAUUGCACUGUUCAUUCUACGGUCUUUUCAUACAAACAGUGCAAAGAGUAAAAAAAAAACAGAUUUAAAAAGUGAAAGUACUCACUUAAAGAUUUAAUUUCAUGGUAAAAGAUGUUAUAUAUCAGAGAUGGCUACACCUCAAUUACCAGGCUUCCAGAGAAGUCUGAUGAAUACGGGUUAAUGCAUGUGAAGGAAGUAAGGAUAGCAAAAGCAGCUUUCUUUAUUUUGAUCUCAAAAACUUAAGACACUUAAUUCAGUGUAUUUUUAGUACCAGUUCUGGUUGAUGGCACAUUUCUGUUGUUAAUAUUGUUGGAUGUUGGGUGUUGGUCUUUAGGAGACCAAUAUAAUGGAACUUUGGAAUGAGUUUUUGUUUUUUUGUGAUGUGUGAUGCAAAAGAAUAGUUUUCUUGUGUGCUGCAGAGACCUUGAAUUCCCGAAAAAAAAAAAAACAUGAUCAGUUUGGGGUAAAGCAGGUUGAAUGUCAUGCUUCUACCUAUAUGUUAUGUACUCAUCGUAGUACAAGACCAUGCAUUCAUACAGCAAACCCAUGCUCUCCAUUUAUCGUAAAAUCCUUUUAUGAGAUAUUGAAACAGAGAUUUGAGGUUUAUGCAGGGCACAAAUGGUUUAUAUUGUGUGUUCAUAUCUUUGUUUAUAUAGAUGGAGUAUUUGUGAAAUGUUAUAGUAAAAUAUUCGACUGUAACAAAGACACAUUUUUAUUUUCUAUUUUAAUUUUCACAAUCAUUCUAAAAGGUAGUUUGGAGUAAAGAAGUGUGUUAUAAGUUUGUGUUAUAUUAUUAUUAAAUUUUUGUCAGGCCAUAAAGCAAAAGUACACUUUUUGCUGGAAAUAGAGGCUCUCCUUUAUUUCAUUUUGUUUUGCUCAUUCAUCCAGCAGCCACUAGAUGGCGCCAUGUAAUCAAGAAUUGGAGUUUUCAUCACACGCCUCUUCACGCAGGCGCUGGUCGAUUUGAGUUGGAUUUGAAUUGGGACUGAUGGACACACACAAGGAACCUGACUGCUCUGCUGCAUCUGGACUUUUCAAAAGCCUAACUUUCUUAUACGGAAAAAAAACUGUAAAUUGCUUUCUAAAGAAUUGCUAUAAUUGAUGAUACUACAAAAAGGUCUGUACACACUCCAGUAAUAAAAUACCUUUAAAA